UCCUCCAAGAUGGUUGUCGGUGCCUUUCCAAUCGCAAAGCUGCUCUAUGUGGGCAUACGACAAUUGAGCAAACCGCUGGCUAACAGGAUAAAAGCAGGUGCUCGCCAAAGUGAAUUCUUCAAGAAUUAUAUCUGCCUUCCGCCAGCUCAAGCGUACCACUGGAUUGAGAUGAGAACCAAAAUGAGGAUCAUGGGUUUCCGUGGCUCUUCCAUCAAACCCCUGAAUGAAGACGCAGCUGCCGAGCUUGGAGCGGAGCUGCUCGGUGAAGCUAUUAUUUUCAUCAUCGGUGGAGGCUGUAUGGUGCUCGAAUAUUCCCGACAGGCAGCCAACUCCAGGCGCAAAGAAGAGGAACUAACAGAAAACAUGAAUAAUCUCCAUACACAACUAGGGGAGCUUGCACUAGCCACAGAAACCAUGGACGCCCAAAUCAGAGAGAUUAAUAGACUUCUAUUGUCACUUCCAAGUUCAGCUCCAAGUAGCAAAUAACAAUAUGCAUUACUAAAGUCAGUAACCAAAAAGAGUAAGGACGGAGACUAUGGAGUUCAUGAAGACAUCUGAGUCUUGGUGCAGCACUGCCAUAUACACAUACAUAUUAAUUGUAGACCCAGCCAUCCACACACAGAGAGCCCUUAGUGAAGCCUAAACAUCAAGCUACGGGCAGAUAAUGAUUCUUUAGGUUAACUGUUGCUGCAAAAAGCUGGGCUUUGAAAAAUAAGGAAGAAACCAGAGAACGCUCUGUCAGUGUGUGAUGUGUUUGCCCACCAGCAUACCAUUGAAGGUUGCAUGAUUGAAAUAAGUCAAUUUCAAAUAAAACCUCUAGUUAUCGGAUCAUACUGUCUAGCCAUUUUUUAGUUUUGGGCCACUUAUUACAUUACACAUUAGAAUCUGUUUAAACGUGAUUUGAUAUCAUUUCAAGCUUUGUUUUCCUCUUUUUAAUCAAAUAGACACAGAUUCCAGGGAAAUGGUGUUGAUACAUUUUGGCUUUAACAUGAAUUUGGGGUUGAGCAUUGAUUUUCUUGCUGUGACCAGCAAUCCCCUAAAGUGAUCUGAAAAUGCACUUUGAGUUGUGAAUACUUGAAUGACAUUCCAUAUAAUAAAUAUGGAAGUGUCUCUCAAACUAGGAUAUAGAGACCCUGUCUCUGAAUGUUCUGCAAGAAAGUCCCCAUUGCAGUAAAUGACUGAUGUGUUCAAUAUGGCAUGUGUACAUUGGUGUAUAUUUAUAAUUGUAAAAUAAAAGUGAAAUAUUCUAUA